UAACUGCAUUUGCGAACCACAGCCUGCAUAGUACCUCUCGGCACCUCGCUCUGCCUGAUGACUUGGCUUGCAUCGUAGCACCUGCACCGGAUAUCAUUGCCCAUUAUAGAUGGUUAACUAGCCUCGUCGUCUACAUGCAUUGAUUAAAACGAGGCUCUGAACUCAACUAUAAAGAACUGCUCUUGAUCCCUAGUCUACUUCCCACUUUCCUCCACCUAGUUCCAUCAACUCUACAAUUCUGAGAUUACCAUCUACAUCACACAUUAUGAAGUUCAAUACUCUUACCCUACCACUCAUUGCCAAAGUCUCGGCUCAUGUGAUUCUCUCUGAAGCACAGGCUGAGUGCGGCGAGCUCGGCGUUGUUACUGCUGACAACAUGCCUCCUGGUACAGAUCUUACAAAGGCCAGGACCUGUCUGAAUCAUCCACUUGGGUUAGAAAGCCCGGCACUGAGCAAGAGGAAAGCCCAGUGCUGGUUUGACAAGUACUCGGGAUGCUCCAAGGGAUACUGUUGGAAGGUUUGCGACGACUAUAACUCGUUUUGCUGGGUCGCGGAGGAUAAUGGAUCAGGGCCUUGGAUUACGUGCAAGACGGAUAGUCAGUGUAACAGGUCCAUGGCUUGUGGUGUCGGCAACUGUGCAUCUUGUGGAUGCCAGAAGUGCUGAGCCUUGUUUAAGUAGAGUGUCACGCGCAUGUUGCAAUUCUUGAUACUUGAAUCAA